CGACCGCGCGGCGAUAAGAUCGAAAUGUCAGUGCGAGCCUUCACCCGCAUCGCCGCGGGCGGCGGCGGCUUGCUCGCGGCCGGCUUCGUCGACAGGGCGCUCACGCCGCAGACGCGACCGCUCUCGACCGCUGCUGCCGCCGCCGGGACGCUAGGCCACAUUCGGCUCUACCAGUACCAGAUCUGCCCGUUCUGCAACAAGAUCAAGGCGCUGCUGGACCUGCACGGCCUCGAGUACGAGACGGUGGACGUGAACCCGCUCACCAAGAAGGAGAUCAAGCCGUGGUCGGAGUACCGGAAGGUGCCCAUCGCGGUGCUCACACCGCCGGCGGGCGGCGAGCCGGAGCAGAUCAACGACUCUCCCGUCAUCGCAGAACGGCUGCUUGACGCGAUCGACGCGGCUGCGCUCCGGCCGGCGCGGGCUGCGAAGGCCUUCCGCUCGCCACAGGCGAUGGAGUGGGCGCAGUGGAGCGACGCGAAGCUCGCCGUCCUCCUCUUCCCAAACAUCACCCGCAGCUUUGGAGAGGCGUACCAGGCGUUCGGGUAUGUGCAGGACGUACCUCACUUCUCGACGGCCGACCGCCUCUCGAACCAAGUCGUCGGCGCGUGUGCGAUGUGGAUGGCGCAAGGCAAGAUCAAGAAGAAGUAUGCCAUCGACGACGAGCGGCAGGCGCUGCGCGGCGCGAUACGCACCUGGGUCGGCGAGGGCCUCGCCGGCCGCGCGUUCGCGGGCGGCGACGCGCCGCACUACGGGGAUGUCUGCGUGUACGGCUGCCUGCGUGCCAUCGACCGGACCGCGGCGCACGCGGAGAUCCUAGACGACGCGCCGGAGCUGGCGCGGUGGUAUGGCCGGAUGGAGGAGGCGGUCGGGCCGAGCAAAGGCAGCUACCCUCUCGAGGGGCCGUGAGAACAGACAUCGUCUCCCCCACAUGAAUUUUGAGGGCCCCUUAAAGAGCGUGUGCUCGCAUAGAGAACAGAGCCCUGACAUGCACAUGCACUU